CCAUGGGAGGGGCGUGGUUUGCGCGGUGUGUACAUUGUGUGUGGUAUCAAUCAUUGCAGGCAAAGAGUCCCAGGCUGGAUUAGGCCAUUACAACAAUUCGGGAGAACAAUGAAGCCCAUCUACGGUGUCCCCAAAUUUCUCACCAAGAUAAUGGCUUUAGUGGAGGAUUCGUUUACCGAUGAUUAUAUCUGCUGGAGCCAGGAUGGAGCUAGCUUUAUUGUGCUGGAUGAAGAAAGAUUUGCAAAAGAAAUCCUUCCUAGGCAUUUCAAACAUAGCAACAUGGCCAGCUUUGUCAGGCAGCUCAACUGGUAUGGCUUUCAUAAAGUUAUGCAUGAUGAUGAGAUUGGUGCACUUAAGUAUGGUGCAGGAAAAUAUCAGCAUCCUUUUUUCCAGCGUGGACAGGAACAACUACUCACAAAAAUUAAAAGAAAGGUUUCUGUCCCACGUAUGGAGGACACUAAACCUGAACCAGAAGAUAUGCCCAAAAUACUGACUUUCCUUCAUCAGCUGCAAGGAAGGCAAGAUGCAAUUGAUUCAACUGUGGAAUCUUUAAAGAGGGAAAAUGAAGCUCUGUGGAAGGAGGUCCUUGAAUUACGGCAGAAGCAAUUCCAGCCCCAGUUUGAUGCUGUUGCCUCACCUCAGACCUACGAUAGAAUGAUGCAAACAAAUCCGCCUCUUAUGAUUGAUAGCACUGGAAACUAUAACCAGCAGUCAGUUCACAAAGGCACUCAAGAAACAAGCUCGGCACUUCAGAACAGAUCACAGUGGUCGUUAAAUGGGAGGAGAACCAGAGGCACCAAACGCUCACUUACAAUAAAAGAAGAUCCGGACAGCUCUGCAGAUGAGUCGAGCAACCCUGUAAUGAAAAUAGAAAUCCCUCAUUCGUCAGAAAGUGAGAAAUCUGAUGAUUCUGAUAAUUCUUCAGAUUUUUCUUCAAAUGAAUCUGAUGAAAUGCCCCAAGAAGAUACUGCACCUGACCAUAGCUCAUCCUUUGUAAACUUACCUGGAAGUGUAAAGAAACAUUGUACCAAAACACCAAACAAACUAAUGAAAACGAGCAAAGAACAGCUUGAUUUGGAAACUGAAGAUAGGAUGAAUAGCAGUGGAUCGGAGGAUAUAAGUGAACAGAGGGCACCUUAUUCAGAAUCUGGACAUACCAAGAGAAGUCGAAAAGAAAGUAGAUUGGACUGUUUGAAGACUGAAGACCUUGUAAAGCAAAUGUACAGAGAUACCACAGGCUUAACAAAACGAGUUUUAGCUUUGGAACAAAAGUCUUUACAGAAACUUUCAGAAAUCUCUACAGUGUUGUCUAAUUUAGCCAAUUUCAUGAUGAAUAAUCAGGACCACCAAAGGCCACUUGUUUCAACGUCUACACCUGCAGAAGUGACAAGAAGUAAAAUGAAUGAAAGUCACACUCCUCAAAGGCAGCGUCAUGAAAUGUAGAUUAUAUAAGCAUGAGAUAUGGUUGUUUACAUGAAAAAUUUGGAACCUUUAUAUAUCAUAGAUUUACAAAUUUAACUACAUUUGUGAAAUACUCUAUUCCCAAGCAUAUAUGCUUAUAGUAGUUCAUAAUUAAAUAUGUUAGAUUACUUGCUAGCGUAGUGCUUAGUAAUGUAUGCAUAGUAACUAGCUGUACAGUUAUCUUACAGCCUUGGUGACAAAUUAAACAGGGUUUUAUUAAAGAUAGAAAAAAGUA